CAGUGUGUUCUAAGAUCACCCAGAAUGUGCACACACAGCAGGGAGUUGAACUGAGGAUUCUCUGGGUCUAACUCAGCUUAAGUUGCAAUGAUUGAAAGAAUUUUCUGGGCUCCAGUUCUAUCACUGCUGAAUCUUCUCUGCGACUCUUCCCCAUUUUUGGGGACAAAAAUGACUUUGGUGGUGCUGAUAACUCUCAACUGAAAAAACAAUGCUUGUUUCCUAUGUGAUUAGAGAUGAAGUGGAGAAGUACAACCGGAACGGGGUAAAUGCACUUCAGCUGGACCCAGCAUUAAACAGACUCUUCACAGCAGGGCGGGACUCCAUCAUACGGAUAUGGAGUGUCAAUCAGCACAAGCAAGACCCUUAUAUAGCAUCUAUGGAACAUCACACAGAUUGGGUAAAUGACAUUGUGCUCUGCUGCAAUGGCAAAACAUUGAUAUCUGCUUCUUCAGAUACUACUGUUAAAGUGUGGAAUGCACAUAAGGGAUUUUGCAUGUCAACACUAAGGACGCAUAAGGACUAUGUGAAAGCCUUAGCAUAUGCAAAAGAUAAGGAGCUGGUAGCAUCUGCUGGGCUGGACAGACAGAUAUUCCUCUGGGAUGUAAAUACUCUCACAGCACUGACUGCCUCAAAUAAUACUGUCACAACUUCUUCCCUGAGUGGGAACAAAGACUCAAUCUACAGCCUUGCAAUGAAUCAAAUGGGAACAGUUAUUGUAUCAGGGUCCACUGAAAAGGUUCUAAGGGUGUGGGAUCCAAGGACUUGUGCAAAACUGAUGAAACUCAAAGGGCACACAGACAAUGUCAAAGCUUUGUUGUUGAACAGAGAUGGCACCCAGUGUCUUUCAGGCAGCUCUGACGGGACGAUCCGCCUGUGGUCCCUGGGCCAGCAGAGGUGCAUAGCCACGUACAGAGUCCACGAUGAGGGUGUUUGGGCUCUGCAGGUCAAUGAAGCCUUCACUCAUGUUUAUUCAGGAGGGAGAGACAGGAAGAUUUAUUGUACAGAUCUACGAAAUCCGGAUAUCCGGGUGCUGAUCUGUGAAGAAAAGGCACCAGUUCUUAAGAUGGAACUGGAUAGAUCAGCUGAUCCUCCUCCAGCACUUUGGGUAGCAACAACUAAAUCCUCUGUGAAUAAAUGGACUUUGAAGGGAAUCCAUAAUUUUAGAGCAUCAGGAGAUUAUGAUAAUGAUUGUACCAAUCCCAUACCACCCCUGUGUACACAGCCUGACCAAGUUAUAAAAGGGGGUGCUAGUAUUAUUCAGUGCCACAUUCUUAAUGACAAGAGGCACAUAUUAACCAAAGACACAAAUAAUAAUGUGGCAUACUGGGAUGUCUUGAAGGCGUGUAAAGUUGAAGACCUUGGGAAAGUAGAUUUUGAAGAAGAAAUUAAGAAGAGAUUUAAAAUGGUUUAUGUGCCAAACUGGUUCUCAGUGGACUUGAAAACCGGGAUGUUGACAAUUACUUUGGAUGAAAGUGACUGCUUUGCAGCCUGGGUUUCAGCAAAGGAUGCUGGAUUUAGCAGUCCUGAUGGUUCUGAUCCAAAAUUAAACCUUGGAGGGCUUCUGCUGCAAGCACUUCUGGAGUAUUGGCCUAGAACACAUAUCAAUCCAAUGGAUGAAGAAGAAAAUGAGAUAAACCAUGUGAAUGGAGAGCAGGAGAACAGAGUGCAGAAAGGAAAUGGAUACUUCCAAGUGCCACCACAUACACCAGUUAUUUUUGGUGAGGCUGGAGGACGCACUUUGUUCAGGUUGUUGUGUCGGGAUUCAGGUGGUGAAACUGAAUCCAUGCUUCUUAAUGAAACUGUGCCACAAUGGGUAAUUGACAUCACUGUGGAUAAAAAUAUGCCCAAGUUCAAUAAGAUUCCCUUCUACCUCCAACCUCAUUCAUCAUCAGGGGCAAAAACUCUAAAAAAAGACCGGCUGUCAGCCAGUGACAUGCUUCAGGUGAGGAAGGUGAUGGAACACGUGUAUGAGAAAAUCAUCAACUUGGACAAUGAGUCUCAGACAACGAGCUCCUCCAACAAUGAGAAAGCAGGAGAACAAGAAAAGGAGGAGGACAUUGCUGUGCUAGCAGAGGAGAAGAUUGAACUUCUGUGCCAGGACCAGGUUUUGGACCCCAACAUGGACCUUCGAACUGUAAAGCACUUCAUCUGGAAGAGUGGCGGGGACCUGACGCUUCACUACCGCCAGAAAUCGACGUGAGGGCAGCGCGGACCCAGAGCGGUCACUACUGACUUGACCUUGCUGUGCUGGUUCCAAGAGUAGUUCUAGAGCAGCCCUGAAACCCCUAAGGUAGAAUGAGACUUCUAAUGCCUCAGUAUGGACAGGAAGCAAACAUUUAAUUGAAGUGACUAAUAGACCUGUAAUAUAGAGGAAAAAAAAAAUCUAUAUGACUUAAACUAAAGUCUGUCCUAGUCUCAGUCAAUGAGAUGGGAGGUCCCUGAGUGGUUUGUGUUGUGUGAGGUGUACAGAGAGUGGAUGAUAACCCAGUGCAGACUUUUGCUUCCUCCUUUUUGCUUUUGGUUUUUUUUCCAGAACAUAAUCCCCUCAUCUGCUCAUGCUCGGUAUCAAACAGGUUUGGCCGUAUUAGUCACUGUUCACAAUGUAAUUAAGAACUGCACACAAGGUAUUUUUAGUACAUUCCAUUCAUAAAGUUCCAGCAAUGAUUUCUCACAGAUUACUCAAGCAUUUCUACCACUAAAAGAAAUUUGGAAAAGAAAACACCAGAAAAUAGUUAUUGAAUACUUGAAUCAAUGGGCCCAUUUAAUUGCAAACCAAGGGUUAACAUGAGAAUUGUUUUAAUUGCUUUAGAGAGCUGUUGACAUGCAAGAACAGAACACUAGAAAGAUAUCAGAGCAAUGUGAGUCCAGUGAUGCUGUGCAUCAUAAUAGAGUGAACGUGCUUUGCAGCAACUUAAAGAUUUUUUUUCUAAAUAUAUAUAACUUCUUCCUGCACUGUGUCCUAGGUGUUCUAAAGACACACCAGUCUAAUUUUUGGUAACUGUGCUCCAAAAGUAUGUGACAUUUUGUUAAAACUUCAAACCAUUCUGAUUAUAACUUCAUAUGUUUAAUGUUAAACUUAAACUUCUCAGCAGAUUUCAUAUUCAUGGCAUAAAAAUACUGAUUCUUCUUUUCUGAGGUUUUAUAUGCAAUUGUUCUUUUGUUAGAGAUUUAUGCAGAUCUUGUUUUCACUGCUAUUUCUAAAAAUCUGUGACUGUCCUAGGCUCAUGGUAAUCUUUUAUAGAAGUUUAACUUAUUGGGGGGAGGGAGGGUAAGGGCCUUUCAGCUUUUUGUGAGGAAAAUGUGGGGAUAUCCCAGAAAACCAUUUGUAGCCAGAGCAAAUUAGGAAUCCUCGUAGAGAAAUGGUUUAAAAAUUACUCUUGUCUGAAGCAGAAGCACAAGUGCCUUCAAGGGGCAGUAUAUUAUUGGAGUUUCUUCAGGACACAGCCCUUCCUGUAUCUUGUGAUCAAGAUUUAGGUUGAGGCCUAAGGAAAGUCCCAAUAAAUUAUAUUACUGGGAUUGUAUUGGUCAGACAAAAAGUAAAGUAUUUUUCAUCAUGUUUUAUUUGAAAAAAUAGUCAAAAUAUAGUCAAAAUAGUCAUUCCCUUCUGCACUUUAAACCCAGCAAAACAAGUUCAUUGCUUAGACAAAACCAUGGUUCAAAAUUCAGCUAGCAUGUCUUUUCCCAUCUUUUGAGAAUCAGGUUCAGUUUUCUAUCCCCAUUUCUGUGUAUGCUUCAUUUGACACAAUUGUGCUUUAACUGCACAUUUUUAGUGCUGUUUGUGAAUUAAAUGGUUAAACAGAACUGUAACUUUUAUUGGUAAUCUGUCCUGACUUGUAUUUAUUACUAGCAAGGGUCUUUGUCUGUUCCAAUAGGCACUGUUUGGGUUAUGUUUUGUUUCCUGGUUGUCUUCCUGUCCUAUUGUAUACAUUGGAGUUGCUCACAGUAAUUUUUUGUUUGAAAUCAGCCCAAGGUUGUAACUUUCCUUCUGUUUUUUCUUUCUAACCAUCCCAAAACACAGUAACAGGAAAGAUUAAUGGAAGAGUCUGCAAUGCCAGAAGGGUAAAUGAUGUUUCACAGUUGUAUAGAAUAAAAGGCUUUAGUUAAAAUAUUUUCAAGUUGUUUUGUGUACUAGACAAAUUGUGCAGUUUUGGAGCUUGAAUUUAACAAAGGGCUUCAGAGUGCUUUGAAGCCUCAAGUAAUGCAAUGGCUGAAGAAAUGGCAAUGCCUUAGCAGAAACCUGUGAAGAUAAUCUUGUAAUGUGGUUGGAUGUAAGAAUUUCUGAGGUGAGCAGACCUUCAGAUGUGAGCUCUGAGUCCUGUUGAGGCGAGAAUGUCACAUGGGCAGUGCUGCUUUUGUACCAUGAAAGUAUUUUGUGCUAACAAGUGACUUGUGCCAGUUGCUUCUGAGCUGUCUGGGUGUGGAAAGGUUGUAAGAGGCACAUGGGAAACCAAGCUGGGUUUCCUGAUGUUGAAAAUGCCAGGACAGAAUGCUCAGAGCUUUUGCAAUGGGAAUUGUGAGCUGAGCUGCUCUCUCUGGGCACACAGUAUAAUUCAGUGCCCAGGUGUGCUCCCACAUUCCCAGCUCUGACUUACUUGGUGUAUAAAGGGAGAGAAGGAUUUUUUUGCUACUACCUUUUAAAUUCUGUCACCUUUUCUGGAGUUGUGCUUUCUGUAAGAGUCCUGAAGGCAGAAGGAGGAGAGCUUUGAGUUAAUUUGAGAGUCACAUAACCUGGGAAUGUUGUGAGCAGAGAGUUUAAGAUUGCCAGAAUCAUAGAGAAGGCAGCAGGUUUGCAAAAGUUAUUUAAUUUUAAAGUUCAUAAUGGGAAGGAGUUGUAAAUCUAGUGUUUAGUAGUGCAGCCUGUCUUCCAGAAAAGCAUUUAAAUUUUGUAUGACAGGUAAUUUUUUAUCCUCUGUAGAUGGGGUGGGGCUGAGAACAGGAGAGCUUGGCUCAGAACUUGUAGCUGAAGUGUAAGUAUCAUUUUAGGAUGAGGAGAACUGCUUGAAGGACUUACCAGUUACUUUAAGAAACACUUAAAAAAUAUUCAAAAUAAGCUCUAGGCAGAAAGGUUGUGGACUCACCUUCCCUGGAAAUGUUCUAGGCCAGGCUACAUGGGGCUCUGAGCAUCCUGUUCUAGUGGAAAGUGUCCCUGCCCAUGGCAGGGGAUUGGAACUGGAUGAGCUUUAUUACAGAAUAAUAAAUGGUUUGGGUUGGAAGGGACCUUAGUGUGAUUCUACCUCUUGGUCUUGGGAUUUAUGAGUUGGAUUGUCCAGGUAUUCCCGAGGAGAGGGGCAGCCAGGGGCUGGCAGGGCAGUUACUGGUAUACAGACAUUACACCAAGCUAAGAUUUUUCCUUUCACAGAGGUCCUGUUUGAUUCCAACUUUAUCCCUAGAAAUGUAUUGAACUUGACAUUUAGAAUCAAUCUUUAAGCACAUAAUCUUGCACUGUGGAUGUGGUGCUGGCUCCUGAACAGAGCCAGGUAGAGUCCCCUCCCAGCUGGAUAACAGAGCUGUUGGGAGCACACACACACUUAACAGGAAAGUGCUUGAUUGAAAGAGUGCCCUGUACUACAUGGAGGUUUUUCUGUAGAGCUGUGCAAACACCAGCAGAGCAGAGGUGCUGACUGGAGCCUGGGUGGGACGUGUCUGAUCUCUCUCUGAGGACAUUGUGACACUAUUCCAAAUGUAUUUUUCAGGGGACUCUGAAUGUUUAAUUAUAUAUUACACAUGUAAUAUGUAUGUAAUAUGUAAUAAUGACAUAUUAAUUACAUAUUGUAGCUUAGAAAUGUAACUUUGAGCAAACAGUUGAAAUUUUGCUACAGCAGAAGCAAUGCCAGUUGAGUGUUUCAUUAAGGCAAAAGCCAAGAAGGAGGUUGUGUGGGCAGUGCUCAGGAAAUGGAGCAUGCUAAUCAAUGCAAUUAGUAAUCUGUAGCUGCUUUCUCUUAAGAGCCUGUUCUUGUGUUACUGCUUGGAGGUGAAAACACUUGUCCAGUUUUGGGAGAAGAUGGAGAAUGCAUGUGGAAGUACAUGAUUUUACCAGUAUGUGUGAGUGAUGUGAUCUCUGCUCAGCAGAGAUCCACUUUCCUGCAGCAUUUCUGCAGCUAAGUGUUGCUGAGCAGCCUCUGCACAGAGCCUAGAGCAGUACAGCAGGAGCUUCAGUAGACCUGCUGUGGAAGUUUAAGAGGGAAAAUUAAAUAAUCAAUGCCUGAAUUUGGUGUUAGAAUAGUUCUACUAGUAGGUGCUCAGCUUAAAGACAAUAAAUACAUCCAUAUUCACUCACUCAAGUUCAGCCAGAAUAAGUUCAGCAUCCAUAUUGCUGUUAAUAAUGAGAUUUGCAUGUUUAUCUCUAUUUCCUUAUCAUGAUCUUGGGGGUUUACCAUCAUUCCCAGUACAGGGUUAUGCUGUAUGGAAGGUUCCCAUGGAUCAAAUUAGCCUCACUUGGGGCAGGGCUUGGCCACCUUUCUGUGGCCUUUGUUGAGCUGAGGUUUGAGCACCCCGUGGCUCAGAGGGCUCUCCUGGCUCAGCCCCAUCAGCCCUGGGUGCUGUGGCCUUGGCAGGAGCAGGGCUCAGUGCAGAUGGGCUUUGCCCAAUCCUCACUCUAAAGCUUGAGCUGCUGGGAGCCUCUGUGGAUUGAAAGUCUGCCAGACUGUGUCCUCAGGCUCAACUGGUAAUUCUAGGGAGCAGCUCAGCUCUGGCAGCUCAUCCUGUUGUGUCUGGCCAUACAAAUCACCCUGCUGCUGUAAUGUCUGAGGUGACCUCCUUCUCCUCCUGCCUUUCCUCUGCCCUUCUCCUGAUGCUGCCCAGAUAAUCCUGCUUGUGUCUGCUGCUCUCAGGUUUAGAGAGUGGAGAAAGGUCACAUCCAGCUGCUGCUUACCUGGAAACAUGUUUGGGACAGCAGCAGGCUGAGUGGCUGUUUGGUAUUGGCUCUGAAUCCAGCCACCCUCAGGUGCUUCUCCUACUCUAUUUAGAUUUUAUUUUGAAAUUAAAAUUUCAGUCAUUUUUCUCACUUUGCACCCACAAACAGGAGUACUCCCCACUUGCUGGGCUGCAGCUGUGAGGGAGUAUCCAAGUUGGUAAGAGAAAGGAAAUUUGAUGAGGAGGUCCAACUCUUCACCUCAUUUAGCAUUUGAAUGAUCAGGUUUCAGGUUUGGAGAACACAUUCUCUGGCUCAAGGUUUAAGUACUUGGCUUUCCAAACCCCUUCCCAGAGCCAGUUAACAUAACACACAGGCUGGACACAGACUGAAGGAAGUUUAACCCAUUUAUUAUGGUGACAUUUGAAAUCUAACAUGAGUUUUGACAUUCCCUGCUCUUAGAUUUCUAAAAGGUGUUUAUGGUACAGAGUCACUUAAAUUACCCUCUCAUGGCCAUUUUUGAGAAAGGUAAAGGACUAGAAACAGUCUUAAAUAAACAACAUGAAUAAAACACUACCUAGGUGUCUUCAGGCAUCAGACUCCAAGAUCAAACAAACCUAGGAAGUUUAAAUUACAUUUAGUUUUAGUGUUUGGCUGUUCUCCCUUGUAACAGUCAGCUGGGGGAACAAAAUAGGAAAUUUAUUUUAGCAACAUAGGAAAUAAAACAGGCCCACAAUUAACAGAGCCUUUAGCAGACUAGAAUCCAGUCAAUUCUACUGCCUUUAGUUAAAGCUUGGUACAUUCUUUAAAGCAACGGGUGCUUUGACAGUCCUGUUCAGAACUACUGUACUUGCAGUAUUUCAGACUAACAACAGAUCAAGGACAGGUUUCUUUGUCAGGGUGGACUCAUCUGAAGCCCUCACGUGCUGUGACUUUGCCUGCACCCUUUGGCUGAAGCUGAGCUGUCACAGGCAGACCUGUGGGAGCCUGAGUCCCCCCUGCAUCAGUACCAGAUUUCAGCCCAGUCAGCUGAAAAUGCAGUGACAGUGCACAAACAGAGCAGGAGCCAGGGCAAAGGAAAUCAGGCAAUAUUGUGCUAAAUAAGUGAACUUUAGUUUAUAACCUUGUACUCCAUUCUCUUCACUUACAAAGGGUUUUCACUGCAGUAGCUCUAUUAUUGCCUAUCAGCAGCUUUGAAACUCCAUGAUAAAUCACUGCCCUGAGGAUUGUAAAACCAUCCAUGUCUUCCAUUGUUUAUGUCAUGCUUUCCAUUACAUUCAGAAGUGAUUUGGAGACAAAUGCAAACAAAAAUAAGCUACAAAAACCAGUUGCUGGUGCUGCACAACAGUCCUGUUUUAUACUUAAAACAAUUUAUAUAAAAAUAGUAAUGAGUAAAUAGAAAAGCACAAGCAAAGGCAAACUAUUUCUUGGUCACUACAGGAGCCAGGACAUUCAAUCUUCACCAAAAAGAUUCAUCACCCCUACUUUAAAAUCAUCUUCAGCUUAUUUCAUGUAACUACCAUCAUUCCCUCCCCCCUCACUGGUUAUUUAACUGCAAGUCCAGCACCUGGUCCACUCAAGAGCAGAAGAGAAUGACAGGACCCACCACCAUGGCUUUGUCCCAUCUGAGGCUGCAAUUUCAAGCCCCAUUGUAUUUCUUUCCUAAAGAAGGUACAUAAAGGACUGUUGCAGAGAAGGGAAUUAAACCAAGAAAAAUAAGAGUCUAGUAAGAGUACUGGAGCAGUAAGUAAAAGUAUCUUAGUGUAAGAAAUGCCUUGCAAGUCACAAGAACAGUCUAACCAAGGUGUACCAUUAGAAAAGCUUUCUAACAAUUCAAAACUAUAAAUAUUUUUUAAUGCCAUCAAACAUACUGAUAAAAAUCAUCACUAAGUCUCACUGUUCAAGCACAGUGCCUUUGUAAAUACAUUCAGAAGCACUUCUAGGCAAAUGUGAAUUCCAGAACUUGACAUUCUGCCAGUGUCCAACUUGUUUCUGCAUCAAUUUCUGUAUUGAUUGGGUGAUUUUGGACAGCAUUCAAAUUCUGAGCAUAGAUCAAUCCAUUAAACAGUGAUUGGAAAAGACAACAGGAUGUGUACUUCAUCUGAUUUCUUUUCUAGUAUUGUCUACACUAACAAAAUAGAGUAACUGUAAUUCUUUCAAGAUCAGAAAAAUAUUCCAAGCUGUAGCACUGCAGCAUUCAGCAGUCUGUAAACAGCAGCAGGGUCCAUUUCACUCAGGAUCUUGUGCAGCUGCUUCUCCUUUCUGCUCACUUGCUGCUUUGUGCUCUGGGGUCUCUGGAGCAGUGGUUAAUGAGCCCUCAAUGCUGCUCACAAGCAGCUAGGACUCCUGGGUAUCAGCAUCAGUUCCUAGUGUUGGUUUUGAAGAAAUGUCAUGAGGAAGAUCAAGAGAAGGUAAAGAUGGAAUUGAUGGCAGGAGGUCAUCCAGUGUGGGCUGCUUGCCUGAUCCUUCGGGAUAUGGGGUUAAACCUUCAGGGUCCAAAGCUGAGGCAUUUUC